AUGUCCAACAGCAGCUCUAUCACCGAGUUCCUCCUAGUGGCAUUCAUGGAUACACGGGAGCUGCAGCUCCUGCACUUCUGGCUUUUCUUGGCCAUCUACCUGGCUGCCCUCCUGGGCAAUGGACUCAUCAUCACCGCCAUAGCCUGGGACCACCGUCUCCCCACCCCCAUGUACUUCUUCCUCCUCAACCUCUCCGUCCUCGACCUGGGCUUCAUCUCUACUACUGUUCCCAAAUCCAUGGCCAAUUCCCUCUGGGACACCAAGGCAAUCUCCUACUUGGGAUGUGCUGCACAGGUCUUUUUCUUACCCUUCUUGAUGCUAGGGGAGUAUUUUAUUCUCACUGUCAUGGCCUAUGACCGCUACGUUGCCAUCUGCAAACCCCUUCACUACGGGACCCUCCUGAGCAGCAGAGCUUGUGCCCACAUGGCAGCAGCUGCCUGGGGUAGUGGGUUUCUCCCCUCUGUGCUGCACACGGCCAAUACAUUUUCACUGCCAUUAUGCCAGGGCAAUGCUGUGGAGCAGUUCUUUUGUGAAAUCCCCCAGAUCCUCAAGCUCACCUGCUCAGAUGUCUACCUCAGGGAGGUUUGGAUUAUUGUGUUUAGUACCUGUGUGGACUUUGGGUGUUUUGUUUUCAUUGUUCUGUCCUACCUGCGGAUCUUCAGGGCUGUGCUGAGGAUCCCCUCUGAGCAGGGACGGUACAAAGCCUUUUCCACAUGCCUUCCACACUUGGCUGUAGUCUCCCUAUUUCUCAGCACUGCCAUGUUUGCCUAUCUGAAGCCCCUUUCCAUCUCCUCCCCAUCUCUGGAUAUGGUGGUUGCCGUUCUGUACUCAGUGGUGCCUCCAGCAUUCAACCCCCUCAUCUACAGCAUGAGGAACCAGGAACUUAAAGACACAUUGAAGAAGCUGAUUUUGUCAGUAGUGUCUCAGCAGCAUUAA